CACUUCUUUAGUGUGAUUUCACAUUUUCAGGAAAAUAUGUAAGCGGCCAAGAGGAGAUAUUUGAACCAAUAUAGGCGAUAGGUGAUAUUGUUUUGCUUCUUCACUUAGUUCAAGAUUUUAAGAAAAUAGAUCAGUUGCAGAUAGGAGACAUAUAAAGUGAUUGAGACAAUACUGAUUUGCUUCUUCGUUUUAUUCAAUUCAUUUUUGCUAGUUAAUUUUCUUACAAUGAAGGACUCGGAUUCGGUGAUGGCGAGUACAAUGUUAAGUUCCAAUAGUAUUGACCUCACCAUUAAGCCACUUGACAAAAAUAAAGAGCAAACUUAUAAAGAGGUGACACAAAAUGAGAUAUGUGAAGAACAUAACGGAAGCAAAAAACAAAAGGAGCUAGAUGAAUCUUUCGAGCAAGUAAUACCUCAAAAUCAACAACAAGAAGACGACAACAAUGGUGAGUUUGAGCUCAAUAUUGUCACAAGUAAAGAUAGUCUCUCGGAUAAUGUAGAUGAUACUCUAAGGGAAAAUAACAUUGAUGGUGGCUCAAAACUUCCCGUAAGUGAAGAAAAAGAUGAAAACUACUACCGCUUGAAACAAGGGUUACCAAGGAGCACAAAAUUCUGUUCCAUUAUUAACAUUUACAAGCGCACGAAUAGGCUCUCAUCACCUGAAGUUGAAUAUAAUUGGAGUCGCCCAAGUACUCUAGAUAACAAAAAAUCUAAAGUACAUAAAGAAGGCAAAACAGGAAAAGAUCAAGAGGGAACUUUGGAGGAGACACUCCCUGAUAAACAAAAGCAAAAAGUUAUCCAUGGUGAUUUUGAGAGCCUUGGUGAAGAUAGUCUGGUGAAUAAUUCUAAGCAUAGCUUAACGGACAAUAACGCUGAUAAUACAUAUGAAAAAAUAGAUGAAGACUGCCAUGUAAAUGAGGGAAUACCAAAGAAUACGAUAUCUAAUUCCCUUUGUAUACUCGCAAAGGUCGCGAUUUCUAAAGAUCGCAAUGAAAGCAACACAAGAAAUGAUCAAAAAGAUGUUUUUGAGGAGGAACUAACAUGAACAACAAGAAGAAGACAUCAAUGGUACUUAAGGAAUUUUACAUCUUACAAUUGACACUUAUGUUAAUUUUUUGACUUUUCUGGUUGAAAGGUAGAGACGGAUCCUAAAUUUUAAACCAAUACGUGCAAAGUAAUUGAAACUCUUGA